GUGGCCUUGCCUGCCAGCAGCACCAGUGCUUAAACUGGACUGCACGUCCAGGUUCUUUAGCUGGCUCCUGCAGGAUGCUCUUUUGCUGAGGUUGUUGACAAAAUUGCAUGGAAGCCGAUCAAGCUCUGCCUGAGUGAGGCAGCUUUCAGCAAAUCAGGGCAGGGGGCAAUGUGGGGUACCUGUGGGGCGUACACUGAACGAUCGUACGAUGUUGCGCUUUCCACUAUCUCGCCGAGCUCGAUGUCCUUCCUCAGGAGCUCUUUCAUAUCUCUGGCAGGACGUCUGUGGGGUGGUGCGCUUUCCGGCAGUCACAAAUAGCACCUCAGCAGCGAAGACUUCAGACAAUCUCUUCUGGAGGCCAUUCUGUGCUGCCCCUGCUGAUGCUCAGACUCGCUUGGACCACGACAAGCGGAACGGUGUUUAUACCUUAACCUUCCUGGGUCAAGGGGAGCAUAGAAUCAACCCUGCUUUUGUGGCCGAGGUCGAGCGUCAGCUCGACACCGUGCUAGAAAACGAGUCUCCAAUUGCUCUGGUGACAGCUAACGAGGGUAGGUUCUGGUGCAACGGACUGGACAUUGACUGGGUGAAGGAAGACCCUAAGAUAAGGUUAGAACCAGGGGUUUUGUCGUUGCUCCGAUUGGUCAAAAGGUUUUUGGAGCUGCCAAUCCCAACUGUGGCGUCGAUCAACGGGCACGCUGCUGGGGGUGGUUUCGUGCUUGCGCUUGCAAAUGACUACAGGUAUAUGAGACGGAGUAAGAGCGUCCUCUACUUAAGCGGGGUCGACAUCGGUCUGCCGCACCCCCCCGGCGCGAACGCGCUCCUCCGAAGCAAGAUGCGGCCCGAAGUCUACCGGGACGCCGUCUUAUACGGCAUGAAAUUCAAUGGUGACAUGGCCGCGAGUGCAGGUCUGGUGCAGUGCGACCCGCUCGGGGAGAUCCCCUGGGAUGCUGACGUUCUCAAACACGCCGAAAAGUUUGCGUCUUUCUUGGCGCGACGGAAGUUUGACAGGGAGGUGUAUGGCGCGAUGAAACGAGACAUGUACAGCGAGGCUCUUGAGCUUCUCGAGAACGGCGGCAUAGGGCAGCUGGGCAGCAUGGGGCUGUUUGGGAAGAUCCUGAAAGGGGCAGAAUAGGAACGAUGCUGUACAGUAGUUUUAACCUGACCCUGUGUUGAGCAACGGGUCCCUAGGUUGCUAAGUCAUAACAGCUAGGGGAGUCGGACUCAGCCGUGCCCAGUUGGCAGCCUGAGAGGUUUUACUAGCCUUUGCCAUGAUCGACUCGCUCGUGGCUCAGCCUAGCUCGACGAGAAACCACUGAGAGACGAGUGCUCGCGAGUAUAGUCCGAAAACAAGCUCAAUCUUGAUCGGAAAUAUGAUACCUUCGGCAGGCUUCGACUCGGAAUUGUUAGUUUCGAGAGGACAAGCUACGUAUGAAAACAAAUUGCUGAGAAAAGUACGAACCAAGUUGAUUACCAGUAGCAUACGAAAUCAAAACAUCCUACAGAGCAUGGAAUAUAUGAAGUACCGCUCAUGAGCUAGUGUCUAGAGUGUUCAAAUCAAUU